AAUAAACCACCGAUCACAGGGUAACACAUGGGGUUAAUACACACAGAGCUUUUGUUCUCCGCCGUCUCGCCGAUGGGCUUCCUCGCCCGCCUGAGCCGCCGCUGGUGCGGCAUCGCAGCCGUCAUCUGCCUGUGCGCAUCCUCCUGCAACCCAGAUGUGGCGCCGAUAGAGCCGCUGCUCUUGCCGGACGCGCCCGCGAGGUCGCUGCAGUGCUUCGAGGACGGCCAGGUGUACGACUGCUGCGAGGACGCGUACCGGCUGAACCCAUCGGGGAUCAUCGGCGUGCCGGUGAGCGCGGUGGACUACUACUGCGGCGGGGCGUGCGUGGUGGAGACGGAGGACGUGCUCAACUGCGUGGCCAGCGCGCUGGACGGCUUCAGGUUCCACAACAGCGCCUCCGUCGAGGGCGUGCGCUACGCCCUCAGGAGGGGAUGCAGCCACACCAUCAAAAGAGGGGACUUCAACGAUUUGGAGCCACCAAUAGGUGACUACCCGGAUAUCUACGGUGACUUUGGUAGCGACGGCUACAGGUUUACGGUUCCUCUGAGAAUGCUCACCUUUCUAGGUGGCGCAUUGCUCCUGGUUCUUAGUCGCUGAAUAGUGGCGUUUGUAAUUUGUACUGACGUCGCAGGAUGAUGCUGUUUUGUUUUGGAAAGAUUCCUUUUCAUGUAUCAACGACAUUCCACAA